UAACAAUUGAUAUGCAGUCAAAUUCUAACUGACAGAAUGGCAGCCCUGUGUGUUUGUUGUGCCCUGUGUUUAUGUUUUGUGUUACUGCUUGUUUAUAUAUGCACAGUAACACAGGAGAAAAAGGAGGACCUGGUGAAGCGCCAGACACAGCGGUCAGUGUUUCUCUGCAAGGUGAUCGGACCGCGGGGGACGGGCAAGACAGCCUUUCUCCAGGCCUUUGUGGGCCGCAACGUUGUGAAUAAGGGAAAUUCCAGCAGUGCCUUCUCCCCCUAUGCCAUAAACACUGUACAAGUCAGCAACCAGGAGAAGUACCUUAUCCUCAAUGAGGUGGAUGUGGAGGUGGAGUUCCUGAAGGCAUCAGAUGCCUCCUGUGAUGUUGCUUGUCUCAUGUAUGACUCCAGUGACCCGCAUUCCUUCGACUAUUGUGCCAGUAUAUACAAGCAACACUACAUGGAGAGCAACAUCCCAUGUGUGCUGGUCGCCUCCAAGGUGGACCUUCCUGAGGUCAAGCAGUUCCACGGGAUGACUCCAGCAGAGUUCUGUUAUAAACACCAACUGCCUCCACCGCUGCCCUUCUCAAGCCUGUUCCUCGACUCCUCUAGCAAGAACAUCUACACCAGGCUCGCCUGGGCAGCAGUGUACCCACACCUGAAUGGUUCAGACAUGAGCAACACAUCCUUCUGGCUGAGAGUGGCGUUGGGCUCGGCUGUGGUUGCCGUUCUCGGCUUUGCUAUCUACAGAUCUGUCGCCAGACUGAAAUGAUGAUCAACAACCAGCUGAGCUUCUGUUUUUUACAGUCCAACUUUCCAUAGAUCCAUCCAUCAAGACCAAACCUCAGAGACCAGAUCCACCAUAUUGCUUUACCUUUUAAGGCUCCCAGGAAACUCUUCAUAUAUCUGCCCUUCUUUACUUUGUCCUACCCUGAGUCAGCUGAUCACAACAGUCCAAAGGCAAUUGGAAGCUAGUGAUCAUAUUAUUCCCCACGCUGCUGUGCCCAGCUUUUUCUGCCUUACAUUGUAAAACCAGGUUAAGUAGGAGUUAGCCUGACAGUGCUUUGUGCAUUGAAAUGCAAAGUGAACUGUUCACAUCCAAACAGGUGCUUUAUAAUAGAGGAGGAAAUGCAGCAAGACAGUU